AGUCAAGGUGAUUAUAUGGUCUUAAAUCGAUCUACUUAUUACAUUCACUGUCUACUGGAGUUUAGCUGAAAUUGCACACGGAUCAUAAUAGCCAAACAUGGCGUCUAUUAUUUUCAGUGGAUUUAAAAGUGAACAGCUGUGGGCUUGCAUACGAUUUCUUUACACCAUAAAAAUAAUAAUAAAAAAAUGCCAAUUAAACCUGAAUUCAGGCUUGUCAUAAGUGGGUUAAUAUAACACAGCCAAUUCAUCACUUUUACAGCCACUUUUCUGUAAACACAGGAUGGAUACAGUAACUAUAAGCCACUGAAUAUCAGAUGAGCAUCAUUUGUGCAGUGAGGAAAUGUCGGUUGCCACAUUUUGGCCAUGUGGUGUUUCUCUGGGCAUGAUCAGUGCACAGUUACUUCUGUGUUGCAGCAGCAUGCACCACUGGCACAUGGUCUGAUAACAUUUUAAAUAUGGAGAUUAGCUGUUCAGCAAGAACAAGGCCACCUUUGGAGUUUUGACAGGAAGGGCAUCCAGUGUAAAACUUAUGCCAAAUCAACAUACAGAUCCACCUCAGAUCUGCUGUAGUGACCAUGAGUGAAAACGGGAGUAGCUGAAGGGACUUACUGGCAAGAUUACUUAAAUACAUUUUUGUGAAGUGGUUGUGGCCAAUCAGUGUGGCUUCAGAUCUGCGAAGAAAGAACUAAUUACACUUUAAAGUAGGUUUUGGUAAACCAAGAGUGAAAAUAUUAAAACCUUAACAUAAAAUAUUGCGCAUUUGAUGCAAAAAGGUGACCUGCUGUGAAUAACAAAAGAAAAAAAUUUGUUCUGUGAUCAUGCGUUUUGAGCUCUAGCAAAACUGCACACACUGAGUGCUUUUGAGCAUUUUGAUUUAUGUAAUAUUCAGCAAACAGUUUGGGAAUGACAUGUGACUCCUGAGCCAGUGUUUGGUGCAAGUGUGUGAUGGAGCCACACCUGGUUCUAAUUUUUGUGAUUGCUUCUUGGUAAAACUGAACUGCGUUGUGUGACACCACAGUGGCAGUAAGACAAACGAUGGCUGAGUGUGACUGCAGUGAUCAGAAAACUUGUUUGAGUGUUAUCACUGAUCACUGCUUUUUUGGAAAUGGUCAGCAAAUGAACAAUAAUUCAGAAGUACUGCCAACCAUGAAGGAAGCAGGGUGUCUUCCUUCAGAGGUUGUUCCUCUAGAAGUCUACAGCGCACACGAUAUUACAGUCUUUGACGAGGAUGACUCUGUGAGCCAGCAUGAAGUUGGCAGGUAUGAGGCAUGAUGUGCACUGAGGUAACUUUGAGUGUUUGUGUGGGAUUGUAAUGAAAUCUGUACUGUCACAGUCCUUGGGUGAAUAUAUCAUCAGCUCUGAGGUCUGUCGCUUUAACGCGAAUGUGGGACUCUGGAAAAAUGUACUCGCCUGUGCCCAAGCUCUCUGUUCCUCCACUGGAAGGUGGCAUGAACUUCCCCCUGCUGUCUGAUUGCUGUGAAAGUACAGAAGGGGCAGCAGAUCCAGGGGAAGAGGCUGUUCAGAGUGUACCAUUUCAGUCCAAAUACAUUCAUAUUUUUCCGCUCUAUCAGGAUUACUGCCUGCAGGCGGUGAAAGAUGACCUCCACAGACUCAACAAGGAUUUUCUGUCUGAGCUGCUAAGACCCCAGUGCCUGUCUGGUCUGCACUGCCGUCUGAUUUCUCCCAGCCAGUCUGAGGCCGCCUCCCCUCCACUACAGCCUGCUGAAGUCACUCUGUCGCCUCGCCAAACUCCACCUCACCCUAAAGUUACAUGUGCCAUGUGGCGCGACCUCGAAGAAGUGAAGGCAUCUGAUCUGCUCAGCAGUCUGUCCACCAGAGAGAUCCGCCUGCAGGAGUCCAUGUUUGAGUUGAUCGGCUCUGAAGCAUCAUAUUUAAAGAGCCUUGGUGUUGUUGUCAAUCACUUCUAUGCAUCAGAGGUAUUGAAGAAGACCGUGUCUCAGCUGGAGCACCACAUUUUGUUUUCCAAUAUUGGACGUGUGAUGGCAGCCAGUGAGAACUUCCUCAUGGACCUGGAGAUUCGGCUGGGAGAGAGUGUCUUAAUAUCUCAAGUUGGUGACAUUGUGCUCCAACAUUGUCCGGCAUUCUGGAGUCUUUAUGUGCCAUAUGUCACAAACAUGAUGUACCAGGAAACCCUCAUCAGCCAGCUCCAGCAGCAGAACAAAGAAUUUCUAUUUGCAGUAAAGAAGCUUGAAAGUGAUGCAGUGUGUCAAAGACAAAGCUUAAAAUCAUUCCUUGUCCUCCCCUUCCAGAGAAUUACCCGUCUCAAACUCCUGCUUGAGACCAUUAUAAAACUGACAGACCAGGAUUCAGAGCCUGCUUCAAAUCUCAGGAGGGCUACAGAAGCUAUAAAUGAGAUUUUGACACACUGUGACAAGAGGAUCCAGAAAAUGAAACAAAUAGAGGAAUUGGUCUGCCUGGAAUUGCUGCUGGAUUAUGAGAACAUAAAGUCAGUUCCUCUGGUCGUUGGCGGGCGUUUUCUGAUGCACCAAGGUCCUGUGAGACAACUGAUAGUGGAAGGCACAAACGAUUUCCGAACUUCAUUCAUCAACAUUUAUCUUCACCUCUUCAAUGACCUUCUGAUCAUCUCCUCUAAAAAGGAGCAAAGGUUCAGAGUGCUGGAUCAUGCUGAAUUCCCCACACACGUGCAGGUUCAGGACCUGAAGACUGAAGUUCUGGCUCUACCUCCAGAAUCCUUCCUACUCCAUCUCUCCAGAAGUCAAACCAGACAGCCCACUGCCAUGAUACUUGCUCCACACACAAAGUCAGAUCAAGAGGUGUGGAUGAAGGUGCUGUCUUCUAAACGAGGAGGGGACCAGGAUUGUUGAUGGCGAUGUGCAGACUUUAAUGCGUUUUAAUUGGAAUGCUUUUUAUUAAGAAACUUCACUCCAAGAUGCAGCUUCACAUAACUGAGCACUAAUUAUUGAAAGAAACAAAAUAUUGGCACUACACUUGUCACAGGAGGUGUGCUGCAACUACUAAGACUUUAAAAUGUGUCUUAUAAAGUCUUUCCCCCGUUACUGGGGGCUCUUUACCAAACGGGAUUUUGUAAAGAUGACUUUAAGGGUUUUUGUUUUUUAAACCACAUCAGCACUUUGUAGUAAAGUUGAAAAAUGCUGUGAAAAUCUAAAUCACUUUUUACUGGUAUUUGACUACCUAAUAAAGAUGG